UUGCCUGCUCAUUUUGUGUGGUAAAUUUCAACCGCGGUAUCUCAACCGUUACAUUCAAACGAUUUAAGAUUUUGAAUUUGCCUUUUUAAUAUCCGUUCGUAUAGACGGUGCAAGAUUUGAAUAUUUCACUUAUUAAGGAUUAUUAUAGAAUAACCAAAUAAACAAAUCGUCUAUUAAUCAGCUGCCCGACAUGUACAGAAUAUUCAGUCAUUUUUCACGAAGUUUCCCGUUCCAUCUAAAACCGAAGCUGUUAAACCAGGAAGGAAACCAUGGACACCUUCGGAAAGUUUAUAAAAAGAUUUCCGUAUUUCAAUCGGGACUAUCGAAAUUACAUCCUAAAAGAGAUACCAGAAUACAUCAGACCGCCAAAAGCUUUCACAUAAUCCCAGAUGCAAUCAACAUCCGUCAUUGCCGAGAAGCUGAUAUUAAAACGUUUUUACAGCUGACAAGGAAAGAAGGUUGGGAUAACACCGAGUUCGACUGUCGUGCAGUUUUAAAGCUUGAUUCUUCUUCUUUUAUUGUUGCUGCAGAUGACGCCGACACUCCUUUAGGCUUUAUUGUAGUUUUUGACAUGUUCAGCGACACAUGUUACAGUGGCCAGUUAAUCGUAAAAGAUGCUUUCCGAGGAAGGGGAGUCGGACGGAAGUUGUUGACAGCAUUAUGGGAACGUAUUGGAGAAAAAAAUCUUUGUAUUUACUCAACAGAAAAUUUGAUAGAGUCGUAUAGAAAGCAAGGCAUACUCCUCGAAUCAAUCCGCAGUAUUGCCUAUAGAGGCAUCAUUACUUCGGGGUGUAAGGAAUUAAAGACGAAUGAAAAUGAGUGUGAUAUUGUCCCGCUUACAGAUCAUAUCUGGCAUGAUUUGCUCGCUUACGACAGCAUUGUCUACAAAGGAAAAUCGAGAGAAAAAAUUCUAAGGCUCUGGUUUGUCGGUGAAUAUGUUUAUACCGUCGUUGCAUUUUCCAAAGGAAAGGUCUCUGGUUACGGGAGUUUUAUCAAAGCAGAUGAUAAUCAAUAUAUCAUUAGGACAGUUUUUGGGGAUAAUUCAAAAGUUGUAGACGAAAUUUUGGACAACAUGUUGGCUAGAAUUCCACUUGGAGCAAUGCUUACUUUUGUUUUAUUAGCCGACAAAGAAGUACCAAGUCGCUUUUCAGGUUUCGAACCAACAAUUGUAACACAAACCAUGUCAACUAAGUUUAAGAUUGAAACAGAGUCUGACAAAAUGUUCUACAUAUGUUAUCAUUUUGUAUAAAUUAUACGUGACGAACGUGUCCGUGUAACGUCAAGUCCAACGCAAAAGACUUCAUAUACAGUGAAAAUUUAUUUAGGUUACAACUCACUAGUUGUUCUUUCUAUAUAACCUUAUCAGCCUCUAAAGUGUUACGUUGAAUAAAAUUUAAGUUAAAACGAUCAACUCGAAAUAAAAUCUACAUUUCAUUCAUGCUCCCAUUCUAGAGCACGCUUUGGUUGUGUGGGACGGGUGCACAUUAUAUGAAAAGCUAUCUUUAGAACAGCUUAAGUAUGUAGCCGCUCGCCUAGUAACAAUCAACUCUCUGAUCAAAGAAUUAGUUUGGGUUUCUCUUUCAGACAGGCAAAAAAAAUUAGACGUUGGUUACGGUCUACAAAGCAACAGAAACAUGUCUUCUCAUGAAUAGAUUCAAUCAAACCGAGUCUGCUUUUAUUCUUUUUGUAUGGUUGCGUUCUAUGAUUCCAAGUGAUCCUUUUACAGAUUUUAUCCCACAGUACGUAGAAAAUAUUUUCCCUUUAUCAGUAUCAGCAACAGUUACGGACUAGUAAAUCGACGUACGGAGACAUGCAGUAAACUAUUUAUCCCUUCUGCUACCGAAUUAUGGAAUACACUUGAUAUUGCUGUUCGCGAUUCUAAUUCAUUAAAUGUCUUUAGGUUAAAUAAAAAAUGAAAAAGAUUAAAGCUGCAUGCCUCCAGAUCGUUCGACAAACAAACAAAAAAUUUUUUUUAGAUAUCUUGAAAUAAAUGCUAUAUUCCUUAAGAAGGCUUUAAAACUUAGUUACUGACAAACUUUCUGUUACGCAAACACUUGAGAAUUUGUUGUUUUUACUACUUUUUUCCAUGAAAAUUGAAAAGCGUUUGUCACGCUUUUACCCCAGGUAAACUGUCUCGAUUAUAAAUAUCUGUAUUUUGAAGUCAUUAUUCACUACUUCAGCUAUAGCUCUAUUGGUUACGACGACGGGAAAAUGUGUUUUAUGUCGUGUUAUUGGUACUGUUUAGUUUCUCAACAUGACCAUUUCGGCCCGGAUGGUUCCAAUACUCCCGCUUUCAUAGCCUUGGGUAUUGUAUAAUCACCCCUUGGAUAUGGUGCCUACUUUUUAUUUUUGUCUUUUGACAGUUCCUGUGAUACGCAGGCUCCAUAACCUCAGACCCCCUUUCUAAAUUCCAGUUUGUUUACUUCUGCCCAUUGUUUUCUCGUUUGGGGCAAACCCUUUACUUUAUCUGGGGACCAAACGCCGCUCUUCAUGGAAUUACACGCCUCAACACGUGUAUCAUUGAAGGUUCCAUGUUCAACGCCGUUUGAAUACAUCUGCGAAUGUCUCUAAAUUGCUUUUUGUACUUUUAGCAUGUGUAAAUGUUGAGUUCUGCUCAACCCGGGGCUAGAGGGCGUGGACGGUAGCAUGAAUUUCCACUGCCGUCCAUGAACAGGCUCAAUCAAACCGAGCCUGCAACAUUUUUGCUUUUGUCGUGUUGGGAGACCUGUGAAAUUUUCACUUUUCUCUAUUUCAUUGCCGCUGCGGUCCGGGGUUCGAUUCCCGACGCGGUCAUCUUUUAUUUUUCUUGAUUUGGAUCUUUUAAAAUAUGUUAGAAACAAAAAUUUAUAUUCUUAUGUUCAUAAUAUGAUCAAACUUCAAUUUGAAAGAAGGAUUUUUUAAGCCAAAUCUGGAGGCAUGCUGCUUUAAGAGUUAAAGCGCCGCAAGUACCUAGGCAUUUUUUUUUUAUUUUUUUUUUUGGAAACAGACUUUUUUCGGUUCUACGCGCCUAAGAAAUAAUUGUAAUAUUUUGCAUGGCGAUCUGUUCAAAAACUAUUUGGGAGAAAAUUCGACAUAUAAUUGAGGAUACUUUGUUGAAGAUGUUAAAUAUUACCUAUUUCACUGUCACAUAUUCAAACCUUAGCGAAUUAUACUCUUUGCAGAACCUAGAGUCUUUCAUCAGCUUAAUGUAGAUUUAUUACUUGUCGGUAGUGAUUUGUUAGACGUUGAAAAUAAUGAAAAAGUAUUUACAGUUGUUCAAAAGUUUAUUAAGACUAUGAAACGUUUCCACAACACUUGACUUUAUUUACUAUGUGUAUACGCUUUACUGCCACUACUUCGAAAAUGUAUAUGUGGGCAAAAACCAAUCAACUGAUCGUGGGGUGGGACAUUUUCUGCCUUUUCUACUUUUCCAUUAUAUGUAUGCAUCUUAUAAAUAACUUAAAAAAUGCUAUUAUCAAAUGAUAAUAUAUAUUUACUUUCUUUAUAGAGGAGGGCCGAUCGCUAAUGUUGUAAGAACUUGGGCCCAACGGUUUCCGUAUAUACAUGUAUAACCAAUAAAAUAUGAUCAAACUAAAA